AUGGUUGUGUUGUAUACGUAACCUUUUCCUGUUUUGUAACACAUGCAGCGUGUAUAUGUUACAAAAGAGAGGAUUGGUGAUUAUACAAAGCUGCAAUAAGGAUUGUUUAAAGUAAGGGGAGAGUAAGGUUACCAGGAAUGGCUCACGUUUGCAUUCACUGGUUCCGUAAGGGACUCCGGUUACAUGACAACCCUGCUCUGGUGUAUGCUCUGAAAGAGUGUAAGGAGCUGUACCCUGUGUUCAUCCUGGACCCAUACCUUUACAACACCCAGGUGGGCAUUAAUCGCUGGAGGUUCCUCCUUGGGGCACUCAAAGACCUAGACUGUAGCUUAAGGAAACUCAACUCAAGACUGUUUGUCCUGAGAGGGAAACCAGAAGAUGUGUUCCCAAAGUUGUUCGACAAGUGGAAGGUAACGAAGCUGACGUACGAGUAUGACACAGAGCCGUACAGUCUGAGCCGUGAUGAAAAAGUGACCAGUCUGGCAAAAGAACAUGGAGUCGAUGUCAGCUACAAAAUCUCCCAUACUCUUUACAAUACAGAGAGGAUAAUGGAAGAAAAUGAUGGGAAACCUCCUCUUACAUUUAAACGUUUACAAGCAAUAGUUCAAAAGCUAGGUCCGCCCAAAAAACCAAUCCCUGCUCCAACCUUAGAAAACAUGAAAGAUGUUGAAACUCACUGCUCAGAAGAAAAUGAGAAGAAAUACGGCAUUCCAACAGCAGAGGAGCUUGGCCUGGACUUAACGUCUCUUGGAGAAGAGCUGUUUCCCGGAGGAGAACAGGAGGCGCUUAGGAGAUUAGACGAGCACAUGAAAAGAACGGGAUGGGUGUGCAGCUUUGAGAAGCCACAGACCUCUCCAAACUCCCUGAGCCCCAGCACCACUGUCCUCAGUCCAUAUGUCACCUUUGGGUGCCUUUCAGCAAGAACCUUCUGGUGGAGGCUCACUGAGGUGUAUCGGGGGAGAAAGCACUCGGAUCCUCCAGUGUCCCUUCAUGGUCAGUUACUCUGGAGAGAGUUCUUCUACACCUGCAGUGUGGGAAUCCCAAACUUCAACAAGAUGGAGGCCAACCCAGUGUGCACACAAGUGGACUGGGACACCAACCCAGAAUGCUUAGCUGCGUGGAGAGAGGCUCGGACUGGUUUUCCCUUCAUUGAUGCAAUCAUGACUCAGCUGAGGCAGGAGGGCUGGAUCCACCACCUGGCUCGACAUGCUGUCGCUUGUUUCCUCACUAGGGGGGACCUGUGGAUCAGCUGGGAAGAAGGAGAAAAGGUCUUUGAGGAGCUCUUACUGGAUGGCGACUGGGCUCUGAAUGCAGGAAACUGGCAGUGGCUGUCGGCCAGUGCUUUCUUCCACCAGUUUUUCAGGGUUUACUCCCCCGUUGCAUUUGGUAAAAAGACGGACAAAAACGGAGACUAUAUUAAAAAGUACCUCCCUAUUCUGAAGAAGUUUCCUCCACAGUACAUUUAUGAGCCUUGGAAGGCUCCCCGUAGUGUCCAGCAAGCUGCGGGAUGCAUUGUGGGCAAAGACUACCCUCAUCCAAUAGUACAGCAUGAACAGAUCAGCAAGAAAAACAUUCAGAGGAUGAAGGAAGCUUAUGCUAAGCGGUCUUCAGACAGCAAUGAGUCACCUAGCAAAAAGCAAGGUGUAAAGCGAAAGGCUCCAUCGGUCAUUGAUCUGCUCCAGAAGAAGAAAAGAAAAGUGUAAUGGGAAACACCAGACAAAUUUACGAUACAUUUAAUAACCAUCAACAAGCAAGUUUCAUCACAACUUACUGAAUAUAAUAUAUAUAUAAGUUCUGUGACCCC